GGCCUCGCAAGUCGCAGCUUAGGCUUUUAGAUAUUUUUGCUUCCUUCUUUAUAUAACUCCAUCUCCCACACACCAUUUCUUGUAAACAAACGUGAUAAUAUUAAUGGGUGCUCUGGAUCAUAUCACCGACCUCUUUGAUUGCACUGGAGCCUCUUCUGGCGCCCGCUCCAGGCUCAAGCAACGCAAGCAAUUGCAGACGGUGGAGAUCAAGGUGAAGAUGGACUGCGAAGGAUGCGAGCGGAAGGUGAGGAGGGCGCUGGAGGGAAUGAUGGGUGUGAAGCAGGUGACCGUGGAACGCAAGGCGCACAAGGUGACGGUCGUUGGAUAUGUGGACCCCGCCAGGGUGGUGUCCCGCUUGCAACAUCGGACGAACAAGAGGGCCGAGAUCUGGCCCUACUUGCCAUACGACGUCGUUGAUCACCCCUACGCGCCUGGGGUCUACGACAGGAAGGCCCCAGCUGGGUACGUGCGAAACGUGCAGGACCCGCAGAUGUCGUAUCUGACACGUGCGAGCUCCACUGAGGUGCGGUACACCACAGCUUUCAGUGAUGAGAACCCCUCCGCUUGUUCCAUCAUGUGAUGAUGCUACAAAUUAAUGCUUGACAAAAAACUUAUGACGUGGACUUCUUAGCACCGUAGAUUUCUUAUUCUCUGAAAUUCUUCAAUUAUGUAAUUCUGAUAUUAUGGUGUAGAUUCAAUAUCUUGUCUGUAAAUUAAGCUUUUUGUCAAUUGGUUAUAAUUAUGUACCAAAUAUUAGCAGUUUAAAAAAGAAAAGAAAAAAUGCUGUUAUCUAUUUAUGAGUAAUAUAAGCUUGAAGUUUAUUUCAUAAUUAUAGAAAUGUAUUUGUAUUCGUAUUCA